CCCGCCCCGCCGAGCCCGCCGAGCCCCCGUCAGGGCCGGGGAGAUUACCCGAGGGGCAGGACGAGAGCCCUGCCCCGGGCCAGCCCUGCCCAUCACCCCCGCACCCACGGUUAGGCCGCCAUCAGGCCUGGACCUGGUCCGGCAGCCACCGCUCGGCACUCAGACCCCAACUGCGGCCUGGGACCCGCCCCCUCCCGUCCCAACUCCAGACCCCGCGGGCGGCCCGCGACGACCUUCCUCGGCCCCGCCCCUCCGGGCCACCUCACCGCAUCCCUCGGUCCCGCACCCACUCCGGCCUGCAAGAGUUCGGGGUGCGAGAUCGGCCUCUUAUCCCCUGCAGUCCCUGCGGGGCCGGGCCCUCAUGGUCACCUUUCAGGAGCCGGCCGCGGGCCUUUCCCUGUCCCCGCCUCACAAGAGCCAGGUUUCCUUAAUAAAUGCUUUCCCUUCUUUAGCCAGGACUCAGCCAGCAGCAGCUGGGGCGGGGGGGCAGUGGAGACCCCCAGGAAAGGGCCCUCCUGGUCCGCGAGCGUGGCGGGGGUGCCUGGGCCUCUUGUUCUGCCGCCCGGAGCCUCUGCUCGGAGGGGCCUGGCAGAUGGGGUUCCCACAGCUCGGAGGCCCGGGCACCCGCAGGCCCUCCGCGGAAGCGCCCCGUGGGCGGAGGGUCCUGGCCGCCGGGAGCGGCUCAGCACACAGCGACUCCCUCCGCUGCCCGGAGCUCCUGGGCUCCAGGCGGACCGUGGCCUCAGCCAGCGGAGCUCCUGGGCUCGCACCCUGCAGCCGUCCCCGCCGGGGCUUGCGCUGACCGUUUGGGGUGGCUGUGGGCUGAGCAGGGUUGAGUGGAUCCCUGGUUGACCCGGUCGCUGGGAGAGGGGCUGGCUCCCAUUCGUUCGUUCACCCUGCCGGGAGCGCCUACCCUCCUCUUUGUGCAAAUCCCUGGGAGGCGUGGGCAGCCGAGCAGGGGCGUGGGAACAGUCUGCAGCCUUUUCCAGAGAUGGCCAGAGAAAGGAGACGAAACGAGUAAUAAACACCCCCAGCGGGGGACGGAGAUGGGUGGCGACGCUCAAGCAGGGACGGGGCCGUGGACCUGCUGCGGGAGCUGAAGGCCAUGCCGGUCACGCUGCACCUGCUCCAGUCCACCCGGGUCGGCAUGUCUGUCAACGCCCUGCGGAAGCAGAGCUCGGAUGAGGAGGUCAUUGCAUUGGCCAAGUCGCUCAUCAAGUCCUGGAAGAAGCUCCUGGAUGCUUCAGAUGCCAAAGCCAGGGACCGGAGGAGGGGCGGGCCUCCGCCCACAUCAUCCUCAAAGGAGGGCUCGGAGGUCAAGGAUUCCAGUUCACGUGGUGCGAGGGGCCGGUCUCUCUCCAGUGGCAAGAGGCGGGAGCUGCCCAGGGCGCCGCCAGCCCCGAGGAUGACCACGUUCCCCCCGGCGCCGGUCACCUGCGACGCCGUGCGGAACAAGUGCCGGGAGAUGCUGACGGCCGCCCUGCAGACGGACCGUGAGCACACGGCCAUCAGUGCAGAUUGCGAGCACCUGUCGGCCCAGAUCGAGGAAUGCAUCUUCCGGGAUGUGGGGAACACGGACAUGAAGUAUAAGAACCGCGUGCGGAGCCGCAUCGCCAACCUCAAGGACGCCAAGAACCCUGACCUGCGGCGGAACGUGCUGUGUGGCACCAUCACGCCCCAGCAGAUCGCGGUGAUGACGUCGGAGGAGAUGGCCAGUGAUGAGCUGAAGGAGAUCCGCAAGGCCAUGACCAAGGAGGCUAUCCGAGAGCAUCAGAUGGCCCGCACAGGGGGCACCCAGACAGACCUGUUCACCUGCAGCAAGUGCAGGAAGAAGAACUGCACCUACACACAGGUGCAGACCCGCAGCUCUGAUGAGCCGAUGACCACGUUUGUUGUCUGCAACGAGUGUGGGAACCGCUGGAAGUUCUGCUGAGCCCUCCUGCAGAUGUGCCUGCAACGGCGGCCAGCGCUGGCCGUCCCUCCUCGGCUCCUGUGGACACAGCCUCUGAAGCCUUGCCUGUGCCUUCCUGGCUGUCCCCAGAAGGCAGACACCCGCCCCCCAUCUGCAGCGCACCUGUAUCCAAACAAUUAAAUGUGUCUUCUUGCCA